GCAUGUCGAAAGGCAACCUGAUGCUCCGAUUGGCUGCUCUGAACGCUGCAGGAUACUUCCUGGAAUGUCUGCAACCUCAACGUUCUGAUUCCCAGGGAAAGUGCAGAGGGACCCUCUUGCCAUUCACAAUGUAAUCCAUGGCCUGGCAGUCGCUGGUGAAAAGAAUCGGUGUGCAACUGGACAAAACAGGAGUUGCAGCUUUUGCAAAAUACCAGGAUGGGUGUGUAAUUAUACACUGGAAAUUGAAAGCCAUUCAACAUGACAACAGAAACAUUGGUGAAGGAUAUUAAACCAGGCUUGAAAAACCUGAACCUUAUUUUCAUUGUGCUGGAAACAGGCCGAGUGACCAAGACUAAGGAUGGCCAUGAAGUGCGGACAUGUAAGGUAGCUGACAAAACUGGCAGCAUAAACAUCUCUGUGUGGGAUGACAUUGGGAACCUAAUCCAGCCAGGAGACAUCAUCCGACUCACCAAAGGGUAUGCAUCUGUUUUCAAAGGCUGCUUGACCUUGUAUACUGGACGUGGUGGAGACCUGCAGAAAGUUGGAGAGUUUUGUAUGGUUUACUCAGAAGUGCCAAAUUUCAGUGAGCCAAACCCCGAGUAUGUUGCCCAGCAGUCACAAAACAAAAACACACAGAAUGACAAUGCAGCAUCCACAGUUUCCCAGACUGGACCAGGACCCUCUACAUCAUCAGCAGCCACUGAUAACCAGAAUGGAAAUGGAUUGAUCACCACUAGCCCCAGCAACCCUGUACACUCACCUGCUGUCACCAGCCACCCCACCAGUGGCCGCAUCACCAGGAGUCAGCCCAACCACCAGACCGGAAGUUCAGGGACUGGUUCCUCUUCCAAUGCUGUCAGCAAUGGCAAAGAAACAAGGCGAAGCAGCAAGAGAUAACAGGUGAAGGAUUAAGGGGUGCUUUCAUACCUCUUCCAUCCUCUGCCUGUUGUGCUAUUUUUCCUACCUGCUGACCGUUACUGAGACACAGCAAAUGAUACUGAGUAGAAGAGAUUAAUACCAGGCUGGUGUAGAGACUGUGAAACCAAUUUAAGUUUAGCCACUGAAAGGUGCUUUGAACAUGUGAUGCUGAUCAGGGAAGCAAUAUAAUGUCCAGUGUGUUUAUACUGAUUCUCUAGAUCAAUCUUGUUUUCCCCCCAGGAUUCGCCAUGUAUGUAUAUUACACUCAUGCUUGGCAGGAAAUCAGAAUUAUUGCCCUGCCAUCUUUUAAACCUGAUAAUGUUAAAUUCCUUCUGUGUACCUCCUGUGGUAUGGGCAUGUCUUUUUGAAUCUACGUCCUGUUAUGAGUCUACAAUCCUUAAAGCUAUUGACUGUGGAUGCAUGGUUAAGUCUGUAAAGGAAUUUUAGAAUUGUAGGCUAAGAUGGUUGUGUUUGAAUUUCCAAAGGUUUCUCAGCCCUUAUGGGAAGCUUUGUACAGAGGAGGAAUAUCUAGGCAAAGAAAGAGAACUUUUGCCAAUUUUCCCUAGCCAAACUAUCAGUUGGACUAUCCCAGAAUGGGAUAAUAAGAGAGCACUGUUUCCCCAAAGAUGAUAUUGAUUGGUAUUGUAGCUUACAGCAACCUAUAGGUAAAUUUCUGUUAUGUCAGAAGCCUGGCAAAAGUGACACAAAAGGAAGCUUAAUUUUUUAAAAAAAAAUAAUAUAGUAGUCCCUUACCUUAUGCAGGGGAUCCAUUCCAGACCCCCCCCCCCGGCGUAAGGCGAAAAACGAGUAUGCUCGAGCCCCAUUUAGUAAAAUGGGACUCAUGCUCGUGGCAUGGCAGAGCAUGUGGCGCCAUUCAUUGUUUUGUUGUGCGGCAUCAGCAUAAGCUGAAAGCCACUUAUAGUGUGCCUGCAUAUGGUACGGGCACAGUAUAAUAAAAAAAUAACAAUUUUGUCACUUAAGGAAAUGGAUUUUUAUGCUGACAACUUGCAAUAGGUCUGUGUUUUUAUUAUGGAAGGUUUCAGCAUGGCUGGUGUUGAGAGCUGGCAGUGUUGGGCAUUUGUUGGGGCCUGUCAGCCCAGUAAUGCCAUAGGUAUGUCUUGUUGACGACACAGGACAGUGAGGCGAACCUUUUAGAGACCGAGUGCCCAAACUGCAACCCAAAACCUACUUAUUUAUCGCAAAGUGCCACGUCCCUCUGGCUUUCUAGUGGCAAACUCUAGUGAACUCUGUGUUGGGAUGAUGGUGCAUGUGCCUACAGAAAGGGCUCUGAGUGCCGCCUCUGGCACGCAUGCCAUAUGUUUGCCACCACUCAUAGGAGAUACAUGUUCACCUCCUAAGUGGCCAGGCCUUUGUGUGAAGUAAGAAGCUUCCCCAGAUUCUUCUGUGGCAUUACAAGUUUUGCAGGAUAUUUAAGCUAGUCCAUGUCCCUCACUGGAUAUACUUCUCUCGUAUACACAACAUUUAUGAAGAGCUCCCUUCAGCCAAAGCGCCCAAGGUCCACAGAAAUUAUAGACGGUCCUGGUUUCACUUAUCUGAAAGACGGUGGAGGAACAGCAAAGGAUAUACUUUGAAAGGAAAAUGGAAUGAGUUGUUAACACUACAUACACCUUUUGCCAAAGUAAAUGCAAUUUCUGAAAAGCCAAUAACAGAUCAAAAUAAACUUCUUACCUUUUUUGUAAUUGUGGCUUAAUGGCCAGUGCUGAGCUGAACUAUAUUUUAAAACAUUCUAAAGUGUUCUUUAAACUAGCAGUUCGGUCCCAGCUUCCUUUUCUUCUUUUUUCUCUGUUCUCCACUUCAGCAUAAUUUCUUCAGCUAUUUACCUAAAGGUUUUUGCUUUUUGGUGGUUUUUUUUUAAAAUAUCACUAUUGUUUGACUCUGAUGUGGCUAUUUGAAUGUAGUAUCAAUGAAUGUUUGGGGAAUAAAUAUUUUAAUUCACCUAUUAA